CAACAUCCCGCCUUAUGAAUCCAGAAUAACAACAGCCAAACUGCUGAUCGAGGCCGAAGAAUGUGAGAUGGCCACAGAGGUGUUGGAGAAUCUUCUGGAGGAGGAUGACGAGGUUGUGGAGGUGUGGUAUCUGUUGGGAUGGCUGUUUUAUUUGCAGCUGGACAAACAAGACUUGACAAACAACGGUGUGAACUUCAGAAAAUCAGCUUGGACGUACCUUAGCAAGGCCAAAAAGCUCUAUGUGAAGCUGCGCUGUGAGGACGCACCCAUGUUUGAGCAUACGGAGCAGCUGUUAGCAGAGCUGGGUGGUGAAGAGCAUGGGGCUGAUGAUGAUGAAGCUGGACCAUCUGUAGACAACAUUGAGGAUGAUUUUAUUCAAAGCAGUGAUGAAGAAGAUGAUGCCAUGGAUCACUGACUCAACGUUUUUCACUUGUUUGUUCUAAUUGUCAUCCAUGGACUCAUCCAAUCAGAAUAUUAAACUGAAAGCAGAUGGCUGAUCUUCACAUUUUCCUUCAUCUUCUAUCUCUCUACCAGUUACUUUUCUUCUCUCCUUCUAUUCCAGUUUGAUAUGUCUGACUAAAGCUGGGAUGUAUUUUCUGUUUGCCUUGUUUUUUGCAUGCUGAGACUGCGAACCAUCAGGACAUCUGUCACACUGAUCUGGACACUGUUCAAGAUGGUGUUUCAUUUAUUUUUUACUGUUUUAUAAAUGUUACAAAGCACUAACAGUAUCAGAAUAAAAACAAUUCAAAGUAA